GGUGGGCUCGCUCUCUUCUACAACCUUUGGAGCCCUACCAUCCUGGGGCCAAAAAAGAAACCCAGUUGCUCCCACCAUCGGCCAAGUCAUGCCCCGAUCUAAAUCAGGCGGUGUCAGUGUGAGAUGCGCUCCUACGCUCUCUACCGGAUCGAGCAGUAUACGCAAAUCGUGCGUCGCCAUCACGCAAGACGUACUGAUGAAACAAAACAAAAAGCCUCGUUCUUGCCAGCGAAAGUUCAGUUGUACCAUUGCAUCUCACAAGUGAACACACUUUCAUAGAAGCCUUCAACCAUGAACCCCAAAGUGAUCAUCGCCGCCGUUGUCUUUGUCGUUGGGUUGGUCGGUGCCCGAGCAUCGCAAAUGUUCAUCUUGGACGAUGGAGAAUAUGAUCAAAAUAUCCGAGUGAGGAGGCAAGCCCCAUCUCCCAAUUUCGCUCCUCAAGAAUACGGAGCCCCGCUUAGCUAUGAAGGUUCUCAAGGAGCGGCCCCUAAAUAUCAACCCGAUCCCGCCAUCGAUCGGGAUUUGGACAUCGGAGCAUCCAGUUAUAAGCAUGGCCACUACAAACCAGGAAAGGUUGGACCCGUCUACACUUUCGUGAAAACCGAUUAUCAUGGUAAUGCCAAGUGGGGAGUGCGACACGUGGUGGGCAAGAAGUACGCCGGAAGCCAUUAAACGUCAUCCAAUUUAGAACAACAACAAAGAAGCUUCGGACCUCAACGCUAGUUACUAUCGAAUUGCACAUCAAACAAACAUCAAGAAUAACCACAGCUUGUCUAGUUAUGGAUUUAUUAAGGCUGAAUAGUGACACCUGACUCAAAGUUACCAUCUCCCGCUAAAUUGUAUUCAGUCGAGACUAAAGAGACAUAGAAGAAAAUAUAAUGUUAAACUCUAUUUUGGUUCGGAAA